AAAAUCAAGCAAGUCUGCCGCCCUACCUUCGCCUCAGACCUGCAGUUUUUUCUUGUGCAAUGGACGGCCGCCUAGAUGCUGACUUGUACCCUCUGGGAUCCGGCUACGUCCCUGAAAUCGACAGUGUCCAUGAUAUAUCAGUUGGCACGAAGAGAGGAUCUGACGAGCUCUUUUCUUCCUGCUUAUCCAACGGGCCCUAUAUCAUGAACUCGGCCAAUGGCAACGACAGCAAAAAAUUCAAGGGUGAUGUCCGCAGUCCCGGUGUUCCGUCACGCGUGGUUCACCUACGCAAGCUGCCCUGCGACAUAAACGAGGCUGAGGUCAUCGGGCUCGGUUUGCCUUUUGGGAAAGUCACUAAUCUGCUGAUGCUGAAAGGGAAAAACCAGGCGUUCCUGGAGUUGAACAGUGAAGAGUGUGCCCAGACCAUGGUGAGCUACUACUUGUCUGUAACCCCCGUCAUCAGGAACCACCCCAUUUACAUGCAGUACUCCACCCACAAAGAGCUGAAGACGGACAACUCCCCCAACCAAGUGCGCGCCCAGGCUGCUCUGCAGGCGGUCAACGCUCUGCACGGCGGCGGCGGGAUCACCGGCAUGGCAAUCGCGGCGGACGCGAGCAGCCUAGCUGGCGGCGGCGCUCAAAGCCCCGUUCUCAGAGUCAUAGUGGAGAACCUGUUCUACCCGGUCACUCUGGACGUACUGCACCAGAUAUUUUCCAAAUUCGGCACAGUGCUGAAGAUCAUCACAUUCACAAAGAACAACCAGUUCCAGGCUCUCAUCCAGUAUGCAGACGCCAUGAUGGCCCACAGCGCCAAAUGUCUGGACGGGCAGAACAUCUACAACGCCUGCUGCACCCUUCGAAUCAGCUUCUCCAAGCUCACCAACCUGAACGUCAAGUACAACAACGACAAGAGCAGAGACUACACUCGUCUGGAUCUGCCCACCGCUGACGCUCAGCCCACCUUGGACCACCAGGCCAUGGCAACUGCCGCGUUUGCUGCUCCAGGUAUAAUAUCUGCCUCUCCGUACGGAGGCGCUCAUGCAUUCUCACCAACCUUUGCCUUCCAGCAAGCAGGUCUUGCGAUGCCCGGCAUCCCCAGCGCCUUGGCGUCUCUGGGCGUCGGGCACGGCGGCAUGGCGGCGGCAGCCGCCGCCGCCAGUCGCCUCAGCCUUGCCGGGCUCGCUGCCGCCGGCGGACACAACGUCCUGUUGGUCAGCAAUCUGAACCCGGAGAGCGUUACGCCACACUGCCUCUUUAUUCUUUUCGGUGUGUAUGGCGACGUGAUGAGAGUCAAGAUCCUGUUCAAUAAGAAAGAGAAUGCUCUGAUCCAGAUGGCCGAUGGCACCCAGGCUCAGCUAGCAAUUAGCCACCUGAACGGCCAGCGGCUGCAUGGCAGGGCCAUCCGGGUGACUGUGUCCAAGCACACCACGGUCCAGUUGCCGCGAGAAGGCCAGGAAGACCAGGGCCUGACCAAGGACUACAGCAACUCGCCGCUGCAUCGCUUCAAAAAGCCGGGGUCCAAGAACUACUCCAACAUCUUUCCACCUUCCGCCACGCUCCAUCUGUCCAACAUACCGCCUGCUGUGGUGGAGGAAGACCUCAAGAGGCUUUUUGCCAGCUCAGGAGCCACAGUCAAAGCCUUCAAGUUCUUUCAAAACGAUCGCAAGAUGGCCUUGAUCCAGAUGGGCUCGGUCGAGGAGGCCAUCGAGUGCCUGAUUGAGUUCCACAACCACGACCUGGGAGAGAACCACCACCUCAGAGUGUCCUUCUCCAAAUCCACCAUCUGAGUGCCUUCAGCUCCCCUCCCGAAGCUUAUUUACCGUCUUGAUUGCACCCUAUUCUUCGGGUCGCUCUCAGUGGAAAUUACAGGUUUCGCAGCUGUUUCUUUGCAGAAAGUGGCUCCCCUUAAAUGUUAGGUUUGGGUAUCAAAACAGAUUUUUCUUUUUUCUUUUUAUGAUCCCUUUUUAUAUGUAAGAAAAAUGACACCGGGUAUGUUAAUCUGAGAAACACCUAUUUGGUUUAUUUUUGUCUGACAAAAUGGUGCUCGGGUCUCAAAAUGGAAGGUUAGUGAUUUAGGCAAAGCUUCCUUCCUUCCAUUAAAAAAAAAAUAAAAUAUAUAUAUAUAUAUAUAUAUAUAUAUAUUAUUAUAUUAUAUAAAUGUUUUAAGCCUUUUACUUUUAAAGAGCCCCGUGUAAUAGCGAAGCGAUAUGUUGAUGGUAGAAGCACAAGCAAUUGGGAAUGAAAAGCAGCCCACAUCUCAUAUCAGCUCUUUUGGUACCUAAACCUAAAAACUAGCUACGGUCUGCAGUGAAACGGCAACAAAGACACAUUGGAGCUUAAAGUCGAGGCAGCUGAUGACUGUCACUUCAAGACCAAAUUGCUUAAAAUGGCCACCGCCAUCUGUAGCAGACACACUUCAAGCAUUCCUUUAGCGACGUGUGCCUCCCCCGCACACGCACUCGUUCGGCCAUUCGGAAACACUGAGGCAAACUCCCAGAUCACAGAACAACUUAUGAAUAUACUUAAAUUCUUUUUUUUUUUCUUCUAUUGUUUGCUUCAAGGGAUCUGCACCACUAUCCGUAGUACGCCAUCCGUUCAUCUUUAUCGACUUGACAGUCUUUUGUGCCUUACUUUCCACCCCCCCCCCCCCCCCACAAACUUUCCCAGCCGCCCGCCUUAAGCGUAACUCUGGCUUCAGGGGAAAUCGCGGCUCGUUCUAUUAAAAAAAAACAAAAAAAAACACAAGUGUUUACCUUCUAAAGAUUUGUGUGCAUAUAUCCCUAUAUAUGUAGAAACUGAAUGUAAGUCAAGAUAGGCGAUGCUAGGCCGCGUAGCGCUCUUAAGUGUUGUCGCAGGCUCAUUUAACCUUGCAUUCAUUUAAGUGGACACCUAUACAUAUAUACGUUUCUAUAUUUCAUAUAUUUUUUUUUUAUGUUUAGCAUUUAGGUCUUGUAACUGAUGGUGUAGUGGCCAGGUUGCAGUGUUCUAACACACUCCCUUGAGGCCCACAAACUUCCUGGUCCAGACCUUUUUCUCUCCUUUUUUUAUUGCUGUAGUUUACUUCUUUCUCGUCGUCAGGUGUGUUUUUAUUUUUUUGCAAUUGUUGGUGGUAGUUUCCACCCCCCCUCCCCACGCACCUGACUGCUAACAUUCAGUUUGACCACCAAACUCAGGUAAUGGUACCUGUGAGAGGACAGCGGCGAGGUGUCGUUUUUUUUUUCCCCCGUUACCCUUUGGCGACUUGCCACAGUCAGGUUCUUUAGUGCACUUUUUUGUUUUUGUUUGUUUUUUUACACACCCCCAUCGCACGCAAUUCAAAAGUCUUAAAACGUCGUCACAUUCCCACAGUGCCUCCAACUGGUUCUCCACAAGCCUUUGACCACUGUAUAGUCCCGAACCAGAUGCGCGCGCACGUUUACUUUUUUUUUUUUUUUUUUCUGCGUGCGUGUGUCGUCUUCUCUAUUUUUGUACAAGAUUAUGCAUGGUUUAACAAAUGUAGCUACAGACGGUUGUUCUUGUUGUUGAGGACCAAAGUACCUUCUACACCCUGCAGUUUUGUAGUAUUGUUUUCCGCUAGUACACGCAAUUGAGUUUCCUCCCCCCUUCUAUUCCGCACGUUAGUAUUUCUCUUCUAUUCGAUGCACGUUAGAUUUUCCCUUCCGUUCCACUCACGAGUUAGUUUUCUCUUCUAUUCCACGCAUAUUAGAUUGUUUUCCCUUCUAUUCCACACGUUGUCUCCCGCCCCCCCACCGUCUAUUCCACGCAAACCGAAGGCCUCAGUUGCCUUUCCUCAGUUGCCUUUCCUCGGAUAUACCUUAGAUGCACACCUUGAGUAGAACAUCGAUACUGUAUCUGGUGCACAUGCAUUCCCCUCCCCGACGUUGCAAAGCGAGAUGGCUUUAGACUGGUGUCGAUCGCACCAUUGGGUUUUCUUGUUUGCGUUAAAAGCUUUUACGUUUCUCCUUUUUAUACGGGGUGUGGGGGUUGUUGUAUGACGCAGGGCUGACGGUUGUAUAUAUUCAUGUUUUUGUACCACGCAAUCAUCUGGAUUUAUGUUUCAAAACAUGUAUAUUUUGAUAAGACAGUACAAGACCUAUUAAACAAAAAAAAAUGGCUACCCCUUCAUCCGGGAGCUUUAAAAACAACUGUUUGUAACAAAGACAUUAAAACUGGUAUGAACACAA